UUUAGAGUUGGAAUUACAAAGAAUUUAGGAUUGAAAACAAAGCGAAACUUGUGCCAUCACUAUGUUGUUUAAUACUUUGUUUUGCGUCUACCAAAUUUAAAUAAUUUGUAAAAUAUGAACAACUUGUGCAGAAUUUGUUUAAAAGUGUAUGAUGAAAAUAUGCAAAACGUGCAAGAAAGCGUUAUACUUUUUAAAAUUCGAACAUUUCUAACGAUUGAUAUAUCAACCGACAGUUCAUUGCCAAAAAGUUUAUGUAUACAAUGUUCAAACAAAACCACAGAAUUAUAUCAAUUUUGUAUUAGUAUUCAAGAAAAUGAGGCCAAAUUGAAAUCAUAUUUAAAUAAUGGAUGUUUACAAGAGUAUUAUUUUAAUGUAACAAAUAAUAGAGUAAUUGAAGAUGAAAAGAGUGAUAUCAUAUUUUGUGAGAAUAGUUUUGUAAAAACAGAAGAUCCUCCAAUGUGCCAAAUAGUGGGAACAGACAAUGUUAAAAACAAAAAUAUGGAUGAAUGUUUAAAUUUAAAACAAGAUGAUUCCAUAGAUGGUGUUCCAGAAUGUAAUUACAGUUCUAAUGAUGAAAUAACACUGGCCGUUAUAAAAAAAGAAGAAAAUCAAGACCGUAACACAAAAAAAAUUAAAACAAAAAAGAAGUUGAAACGAAAGACUGAAGACGAACUGUCAAAUAAUUUAAAUAGUUCCACAGAUACUUUAAUAAAACAAUUUACUUGUUUAUCAUGUUUGAAUAGUUUUGAAUCACGGAACAACCUUAUACAGCAUUAUCAUAAUGAACAUUUGAAAAAAGAAAAAACAUCUUCUACUGUAAAUUAUUCUGAAAGCAAUUUGAAUGGAGUUAUUACAUACAGUUGUAAAUCAUGUGACCGUACAUGUAACAUCAAGAAAAAUAUAGUAAAACACAUUGCCACUCAUGUUGAUGAGAGACCUUUGAUUUGUAAACUUUGUGGUAGAACGUACAAAACGGUGACCGAGAUAAUCCGGCACGCCAGGGCACAUAAUGGAUUAAAACUCGAGUGCUCCUACAAGUGUGGGUACAGCACUGCUUACCAGGGUGCUUUGAAAGAACAUGAAAAUAGACACCAGAAGGUUUAUAAGUAUACUUGCGAUAAAUGUGGCGUUGGUUUCCGCGUGAAGACUUGGUAUGAACAGCAUCAGAACGUCCAUACUGGACUCAAGCCUUAUGUGUGUGAUAUUUGUGGACACGCUUUCCACAUGGCCAGGUAUCUGUCAUCUCACAGGAGUUGGAAACACCCGCAAUCUUCAAGCGUGAAACGGUAUAUUUGUGUCCAUUGUGGACACAAGUGCGAUAGCUCCAAUAGUUUGGCCCUGCAUUUGGAGGAACACGGUAUAAAUAAAGAGAAAGAGUUUCUUUGUGACUUCUGUGGCAAGAUACUCGCUAGAGCUGAUCAACUGAAGCAUCAUCGUCGGAUGCACUCUGGAGUCAAACCUUAUUCUUGCAGUAUCUGCAACAAAACGUUUGCAACGAAGUUUUAUGUGAAGACCCACAUGAUUUCGCACAGCGGUGAGAAGAUGCACUCUUGUACCCGAUGCGGCAAGAGAUAUACACAAAGAAGCACGCUGUUACGACAUCUAAGAAGACACCAUGGUGGUGGUAUAUCACCAAAGCGUCCAGAAUAGCUUCGGUAUCAUUGUUGGGCUCUUACUUAAUCAGUG